ACUAUUAUCUCGAGGCCCCUCCUACCCACUGCCUCCUCUUAAAGGAGCUUUCCUGUCACAUUCACAUUCUGUCUUUUAGAGACGCUUGUACCUGAUCAACUUUCAAAGCAUCCACAUCAACAAAGGAACAAAAUGAGUUCCGAGAAGAGCAGCUGCCCUCCAACUGUAGUUUCAUCAACUUCAUCAAAGGGACCCGACCUAAAGAAUGCCAAGGAAUCCAAAGUGGUAGAAGAUAUUAAAAAGGCCAUUGAAAACAAGGACUUUUUGUUGGCUGCAUCAAUAACACAAAAGUAUUUGGAAGACACAAAUAAUAUUCCACUGAACAUUGCUGUCACAGGAGAGAGUGGAGUUGGAAAGUCCACAUUUGUUAAUGCCUUCAGGGGGAUAGACAACAGAGAUGAGCGAGCGGCGCCUACUGGUGAGGUGGAAACGACCAUGAAGCCUGAGGCUUACCCACAUCCAACAUACCCAAAUGUUACAUUAUGGGAUCUCCCGGGAAUCGGAACCACCAGAUUCCCAGCUGAUCAGUACAUGAAGCACGUUGAGUUUGAAAAGUUCGAUUUUUUUAUCCUCGUAUCAGCUAUUCGCUUCAAUGAGAAUGAUGCCAAGCUGGCUAAAGAGAUCAAGAAAAUGGGCAAGAAGUUAUUCUUUGUCCGCUCUAAGAUUGACCACAAUCUACGUGAUGCGCAAAGGAGUCAGAGGGAGUACGAUGAAGAAAAGAUACUUCAGAAAAUCAGGGAAUACUGCAUUCAAGGACUUGAAAAACAAGGUGUGGAGUCUCCUCAGGUCUUCCUGGUGUCUAGUUUUGAUCUCCAUUUGUACGAGUUCCCCGCCCUCCAGGACACCAUGGAGAGGGAGCUUCCUUCACACAAGAGAGAUGUCCUGAUCUUAGCCCUUCCCAACGUCUGCAAAAGCACCAUUAACAAGAAGAAAGAGGUAUUCCGUUCACAAAUAAAGUACUAUGCUUUACUGUCUGCAACUGUCGCAGCUGUACCUAUCCCAGGGAUGUCCAUUAUGGUUGAUGUAGGCAUUCUGGUCAAGGUUCUUCAAGGCUAUUUGUUUGGGUUUGGUCUUGAUAAAAUGUCGUUGGAGAAAUGUUCCAGUGCGACAAAUACACCUUUAGAUGAAUUAAGGGCAAUGUUGAAUUGUAUUUGUUCUGGAAAGGAUGUAACAAAAGAGUUGGUUCUUUUAAUGCUGAAAUCAACUACAGUUGCUCUGAUUGGUUUGGCAGCAGAGGAAGGUUCCAGAUGGAUUCCUUUUAUUGGAAUCCCAAUAGCGGCAGCACUUUCUUUCACUACAAUUUACACGUUUUUGAGUUCUAUUCUUAACAAGCUAUCUGUUGACGCAGAAAAUAUUGUGACGAAGGCAUUGGGGAUUAAGUAAUGUCAGGUCAUGCUCUAGCGUUUAGCAAUGAGGAACAAUGAACGCUUCAAUUAAAACAAACCUUUUAAAACGCAAUAAGAGAAAACUCAAUUCAAUAGUCAUUAGUAGAAAGUGUUUUUAUUCAUUCCUCACGAGUUUAGUUUAAUUACUGGUGAACCAUGAAAUUGGGAAUAUGAUUGGUUAUAAUGGUUUUGACGGUUAUGAUAUGCCCAAGCAUGUAUUAUCCACAGCAGGGCUAACGGGGCCAGUGCCCAGGGGCCAAGGGCCACGACAGGGCCCUGAACCCAAAGACCAAUGGGAAUAUAAUAAUUAUAUAUUGAUGAUUAGAUAUUUUUAGUCAUUGGACGAGAAAAUUGAUACAUUUUGUUAUAUUAUAAUAGAUAACAGCUUUGUAACAAUUUCUGCUAGUGAAAUGGAUAACAAUGAGGCAUAACAAGAGCAAAUCUUAUUUCUCUUGUCUUUCUAUUUCAUCUCAUUAUCAAUUACCAUGAUACAUUGAACUUACUUUUUUGUUUGAUCUGAUGCCAUGUUCAAUUGUAUUUCUUUUAGCCAAUUAAUGGAGCAACUAUUUUUGUAUUUUUUUAUUUCUUACAUUUGUAUUAAGAUGGAUUAAACCAUGACAAGGUUUUGUGAUUAUUAGCCUACAGCAACAAAUGAGAUACAAUCGCUAGCACUUUGUCAUGCUUUUCAUGAACUUACUUUUUUCAUGCUUUACAUUGAACUUACUUUUUUGUUUGAUCUGAUGCCAUGUUCAAUUGUAUUUAUUUUAGCCAAUUAAUGGAGCGAUUAUUUUUCUAUUUUUUUAUUUCUUACAUUUGUAUUAAGAUGGAUUAAACCAUGACAAGGUUUUGUGAUUAUUAGCCUACAGCAACAAAUGAGACACAAUCGCUAGCACUUUGUUAUGCUUUUCAAGCACUUUGUCAUGCAUUUCAACUAUUUCCACACAAAUUUCCCAACAAACACUGUAAAGACUGGUCUCAGGACGCAACCCAUAUUUUGCAACAGCAAUUUGAUCGAACAUUGAAUGAAUUCAGCUUGGUAAAGGGAGUAAUAUACAUAUUUCUGCCCACAUGAUAUAUACAUAUUACCGUCCACGCUUCGCGUCGGUGUCCGGUUUGCCCUGCCGGGGCUUUUAGCUUACUGUUUUAGCUUAAUAAGGUGACGAGUGGAUUUUAAUCACAGUAUCUCACUGCUCUGUGCCUCUGUCUACAUAUGACAUAACUGUAAUAUUUAAUAUGUAAACUAUUUACUUUGUAAUCUGAGAGUUCGGAGAAGGACCAUAAGUGCAUUUAGUUAAUUGGGCGAGAUGUCCAAUUUCUAGGCCCGAUGCAUAGGGUGUUGUGAUUGGUCAGGGCAUGUAGGGGAAAUUCACACAUAAUGGAAAUAUAACCUGAAUUCUUUGUCAAACCAAUUGUAAUUACGUGUUUGCAAGUGAUAAUAAAGUCUUUAUCUUUUAAAUCUUUA